AUGAAGUAUUAUACCAGCCUUCUCGCUUGCUUCGCGCUGCUCUUGGCUACCACCGCAGUCGGCGCCAUCUCUCCGGCAACACUCCGAACCGUGGAGGCUGAGCUGGGGUGCCGGAGGUCCUUCGCAGCCAACAAUUGUGAGUUCUGGGUCGAUGGCGCGGCCAGAACGAAGGUCGGCUACCAGGGCUGGAGCGAGGCCGGGCUGCAUUCGGAGGUAAUCACCAAAACGGCCGACCCCCCCACGGAGUUGAUCAUCGGGCAAGUGGUCGGAGCCCAGAACUUGAGCACCUCAAGCCAAGCGAACACGACCGUCGACAUCUUCGUGCGCGGCACGUUCGACCAGACCAGCGGCCGAUGGCUGCUUGACUCCUUGUGCCAGCGAAGGCAACCGCCGCAGGGUACCAUGUCGCCGGACCUCGAACCCCAGACCCUGGCCUUCGUCAUGAAGCGGACCAGGGACGACGUGUGCCUGUGGCUGACGGACGCCGGCCAAGCCCCCUUCAUCGUGGAGGCCGUCUUCGUGCCUCCAGUCUACCCCGAGUUCGUGGGACGCAAGCAGUUCGUGUGGGCCAAUCAGCGAGUCUCCCUCUUCAACCAGAAGCGCGCCUGUGUCUCGUGA